ACGAACCACAUCAAGUCGAGCUUCUGUGAAGUAAAGGUUGAUCGGUAGUCGCCGAUCUGUUAACUUUAUUUUUAUGUGCUUUAUUGUUUUGAGGCUCUUCUAACGUCUCGCCGCAUCAAUAACUCCGCCAUCACCGUCGCGUCGUCGUCGGCUGUCCGUUUGUCAUCUGUCAGUGACGUUUAUAAUUACGGGUGUUUGAUCUAUUGGCGCAUCUGUCAAAUUUUUAUAAGUAACCUUGCCUCAAUCUUCUAACCGUUAUCCUUGAAAAGCAUUUUUGUGACGUGAAGAAAUUAUUAUUAUUUUUUGUAUUCAAAACACAUAUCAUUCGGAUUUCCGUAUCGGAAUGCUAAAUACGGAGUAUUGUUAAUAUACAGUAAGACAGUCAAUAAUUAAUUUUGUUGUUGUUAUAAUUCUCGAAGUGAAGUACGAACAAACAAAGUAACAAACUAUGGUUAGCAGUACGCUGAAGAUAACUGAAAAACCGCAAGGAACCCUCAAAUACCCUAAAUCUGUAGGGUUUAUUAUUGGAAAUGAAUUUUGCGAAAGGUUUAAUUACUAUGGCAUGCGAACAAUUUUGGUGCUAUAUCUAACGGACAAAUUGAAAUAUGGAGAAGAUCAAGCGACGGUGCUGUUCCAUGUGUUUACAAGUUUGGUCUAUGUAUUCCCACUGAUUGGAGCGGUCUUGGCUGAUAGCUGGCUUGGAAGAUUCAAGACAAUAUGGUAUUUAUCGGUGGUUUAUACUUUUGGAGCUGUGGUGAUUGCAUUGGGAGCUGUACCACCGAUCAAUUUGCCAGUGAAAGAGGCAACUGUGAUAGGUCUUCUCCUCAUAGCCACAGGGACCGGUGGUAUAAAGCCUUGCGUGUCAGCUUUUGGUGGUGAUCAAUUCAAGAUUCCCGAACAAGCUAAGCAGUUGGCUACUUUCUUUUCAUUGUUCUACUUCGCCAUCAACGCCGGGUCCCUCAUUUCGACAACAAUUACUCCAAUUCUUCGGGCUGAUGUCCAUUGUUUUGGCGACAAGGACUGCUUCUCGUUGGCAUUCAGUGUUCCAGCCGUUUUGAUGGUUUUGUCAUUGAUUAUCUUCAUCGCUGGAAAGCGUUUGUAUGUCAUUAAACCUCCAUCGGGCAAUAUGAUUCUGGGCGUGUCGCAAUGUGUAUCCCAGGCCAUAAGAGGUCGUUUUAGAGAAGGCAAGAAAACGCCCAGUAUCCAUUGGUUGGAUUAUGCAGAGGGCAAAUGUAGCAGAAAACUAAUCGAAGAUACUAAAUCUUUGCUAAAAAUUCUGGUUCUUUAUCUGCCACUCCCUGUAUUUUGGGCUCUAUUCGAUCAGCAAGGGUCUCGUUGGACCUUUCAGGCUACCAGAAUGGUUGGUGAUGUCGGGGGUUUCACUAUCAAACCAGAUCAAAUGCAAGUCAUCAAUCCAUUGUUGAUUUUGGGAUUUAUUCCGCUCUUCAACUAUGUCGUUUAUCCCAUACUGAGUGUAGUUGGAAUAAGGAGACCUCUACAGAAGUUAACUCUGGGUGGAUUGCUAGCGGCAGCUGCAUUUUUAAUGUCAGCCUUUGUGGAAUUCAAACUAGAAGCUAUGGAUCCUAAGAUACCAGGACCCCAAGAAGCUCAAUUGAGAAUCUACAAUGGGAUGCCAUGCAACUAUGACUUUAUGACAACUGUGCCAUUUAAGGGAAAUUUCUCUGUGCCAUCGAUGGGAGUGUUUGAGGAUAAGGAUUUAAUAGUGGCCAAUUCCAUGGCCUAUAAUUAUUCAGCUUCUUCCAAAGAUGCAAUCAAAUGCCCUCCACUGACAGGAGAAUUUAAUCUUAAUCCAGGAAAAGCAAUGAGCUAUUUUGUUGGAAAUAAUAAAGUUCGAGAAUUCGAAGAUUCUCCCGGAAAGCCUAAAUCAGGAGAAUCUGCAUUAAGAGUAUUGUUGAAUGUUCCUAAAGAAGAAGAUCGAUCAUUCGUGAUUAGAGGCUCUGAUUUGUCAAUGAACAUUAACAAAACCCAAACAGACAUGCUGCAUAUUCCUGCUGGAUUUUAUACUUUGACAGUUGAUGGCAACGAAGUGACAUCACUGAUGUGUCAUAUUGGAGGCGUUACAGUCAUUACGGUCGAAGGGAGCCAAGUUAGUGGAUACAAUACUUCGUCAUACACUCUUGUGGAAUCUAAUUCUUUACACAUAAUGUGGCAAUUGCCACAAUACUUUGUGAUGACAGCUGCUGAGGUUAUGUUCUCAGUGACAGGCUUGGAAUUCUCAUUUACUCAGGCUCCAGCGAGUAUGAAAUCUGUUCUUCAAGCCUGCUGGCUUUUGACAGUUGCAAUUGGCAAUAUUUUAGUCGUGAUCAUAGCUAAACUUAAAUUCUUCGAUUCACAGGCUCAAGAAUUCAUACUUUUCGCCGCAUUUAUGGUUGCUGAUAUGCUAAUUUUUAUCGUCUUGGCCAUGCGGUUCAAGUAUGUGGACCAAACCGAUGAUUCCGAUUUCGAGGAAGACCCUGGACACAAAAAUCGAUCAAAUAAUUUGGAAUCUCAAGGACCCAGAAAUGAAAUUGGUCACUCGAAUCGAGCCUUCGAGUCAGACAAGUAGUGGAAUUGAUCGAAUCUUAUUGUAUUAGGGGCAAUGUUACUUAGGAAUUUUAUUUUAGCAAUUUGUUCUCAUUGUAAUUUGUUUUUUAUUUUUUUUUAGUUUUUGUAAAUUUAUAUUUUUUCUGUAGAUAUCGAUAUUUUUUGUUUUCAAAAUUACUUUUGUAAAUAAUUAUAGUUUGUUUAGUAAUUUCUAAUAUUAAAUAUAAUUUUUAUUUAUAUAAAGUAUAGGUUGUAUGAGAUAAGAUUUUUAUCAUAUAAAAUUAUAGUAUCACUUGAAAGUAUUUUAGCAGUUAAUUGUGAUUAUACAGGUUAUAAGCUGAGGCUUAAUUUGCCUUUUAAAAAAAAAUAAAUACUUUUGAGGUCAUAUGAGAAAU